GUGCCCCGCGCGUCCAGCGAGCCGCAUGUGAAGUGGGUUAUGUGCGCGUCUCGAGUCCGUGAUUGAGUACGAUCGGCGAAGAAUCGCGCGUGUUCCAUCAAGGCCAGUGACUUCCGGUGUUCGACGCGCUAAACCACGAAACGUUCCCUCGUCGAUGAGACGCCGAUCUUGCCCAAAAAUCGUGCUGGAAUCACACACGGGAGAGGAGUAAGCGAAAGACACGGUCGAGCGAUCUAAGAAUGGCAUAGAGAAUAUCCAUCAAUCGGCAGCAUGUGCUAUGUGAUAGUCACUGGACGUAGUCUGCUGUGGACGCUUUUGUCCAUGGCAGCGUUGAUGGCAGUUUUAUCGGGUCUCAUCACUCCCAGAUGGCUUGUAGGACCACCGACGAUUAAGGAUACAAGAAACGGCACGGAACUGUACACGCCAACCGUGGGGAUCUUCAAUCGUUGCACGAGAUUGUAUGGCAAGACGCACUGCGCGAAUUUCAACGUCGACGGCUUCGCGACGGACUCCAACGUCUUCCCGGGAUGCUGGAAGGCGUCCCUGUUCUUCCUGUCCGCGGGCCUGGCGACGAUGUCGGUGACCGUGGUGGCCGCCCUGCUCGGAUGCUGCGUGCAGAGCAUCGGCCGCAAGAGCAUCUUCAAUCUGGCGGGAGUGGCGCAAGCCGUUGCCGGAAUACUAUAUCUUUUGGGAAUGAUUCUAUAUCCCGCUGGUUGGGGCGCCGAGAGAGUGCAGAGGAUCUGCGGUCCUGAAGCCGACGCCUUCUAUCUCGCUAACUGCAGUCUUGGUUGGGCGUUUUAUAGCGCGGCGAUCGGUGUCGCUCUCACCUUCGUCUGCGCCGCCUUUAGCGGACAGGCGGAGAAGUCGACGGCCAGCGACAAGGUCCAGGACAAAAUGAACGAAGGAAAGACCCUGAUAUGCUUAGCCUGAGCACGCGCAAAUAAAAUCAGCGAGCGGUCCGGCCUCGCCGGUAAAUGGAUGCCACUUCGGUGAGAAGCGUCGAAAUGAGAUAUUCGAAGAAGACCCAGUGCAACCAGAAAUAUAUUCACCUCGUUGUGUUCAUCGCGCGCGGCAGAAACGGUGAAACGAAAGUUUUUUUUUGUCGCGGACGCGAAACUGUCGCACGAAUAAUUAAUUGCACGGGCUCGGAUAGGGAAAUGGACAUUUUUGCCGGAUGUCACACGUACGCGAUGCAUUGUACGCACGAAGAUUAAGUAUCGGAUGUACUUACCGUCUUCCCACAUUUACUGCCGCAAUUUAUAUCGAACGCCGUAGGCGUCCGCGGAGAAUUCCUAUUUUAUAUCUUAUACAUGUGUUUUUAUAUAUGUUAAAGAGAAAUAUAAAGUAAAACAUGUGGAUGUCCCGUCUUUCGUUCACUCGAUGUGAAAAAGGAAUGUACUGUCGCACAACGAGAGAGAAUACAUAGGUAUACCUAAUGAUUUCUCUUCAUUAUUUCUUUGGCCCGAUUAAUUUUUCACGCUCCAUUUUCAAGCACGUCUGAUUUUGAUAAAUAAUGGAAUUUUAUUCAUUUUAUUCUCAACAAAUUUCUCGUGAAAUUCGGUCGAAUGCAUAUAACUUAAAUAGGUACAUGUACAUGAAAUUAUCGGCCGUCAAUCGAUUUAUGUACACACAUAUAUAAAUAAUGAAGGCACCAAGGGAAUCAACAAUUAAUAAAUUAUCCGGGUAAGUUUGUAUGAAAAUUUCGAAUGAGACGAGUGUAAUUGGCAAUUAUAUAUAAUAAGAAAUGUAAACGUUAUAACGGAAUCGCGAAUUAUACAGUUCGUGUGUGACGACGCGCGUGCGAUUGUUUUGCUUAUGAGUAUGAGUGUUAUUUGGUUGAUGACCUGCCGUUAGAACCGCUGACCAUUGAUCGGACGCCGAGGAGUAACGCUAUCGUACAACUACGCGAACGAACGGAAAAAAAAAUAUAGUGUGACGUGUCGUGACGAGAGAUACUCUUGUCGCAGGAAUGUCAAAUUCGGCGGAUGUGACACGUACGUCGAUCACAGGCGGAUUCUCAUCGCGGAGAUCCGUCAAGAUAAUGAGGAUAUUCAGGAUUAUCAGCAUUUGCCACGCAUUCGCAUCCGAUAUAUCACUCUCUCUUUCUCUCUCUCUCUCUCUCACAUUCUCUCGACAAACGUUUCGAAUUGUGUGCAAUAUUCGAUGAUUCACACAAUCAUCUUAGUAGUCAAGUAGUCAAAAAGUAUGUCAGCUAUCGAGUGCUCCUGGCGCGCCGGAGUCUCGCGCGCGAAACCUGGAGACGUCGUGUUUGCCGGGAGCGUUUCCGAAGAGAAACCGGGAAAUAAAUAAUUUACACGUCCACGUUUCGCGCGAGAGACGCGGGAGGGUGUAACUGCACAUGAUCGUAAUUAGAACAAUAAUAAUAAGAUAAUAUUUAUCGCCGUGAGACGCGCAAUAUAUACGAUAAUAAGAAUAAUAGGAAUCUUUUUACUCCUGCUGUUGACGGUAUAUACCUCUCUCAACUAGGGGGGGAGGGGAAACUUUAUCGACGUCUGAUAGAAAAAAAAGCUAUUAGGCGAACACUUGGCGUAGAGUCGGCCUUGUGCAAGUGUGUGAAUAUUCAUUAAUUCUAUUUACAUACAAUAAGCUACGUAAUAAACUGCCUGGUCUAGGUUAAGGAGAUUGCGAAUUAUCAAAAAACGGAAUCUAUCCUAAAUAAAUUAGCAAAUAAUUCAUUUUCGUCAGAAAUUGUUAUAUAUAUAUAUAUGUAUAUCAAAUCA